AGUCGCCCUGUCGGCUCUUCCAGUCGCUCUCGUCACCUUCAGUCUUCCGCGGUGCGGUGGCGGGCGCGGUGGCGGGUGAGGUCAUGUCGAAGUCCUGGCUACUGGGAUUGCUUUUGGGAUGUGUUGCUUGUGCCUUUGUGGCGCCACGCGCGGGCGGCUCGCCGCGCGUGGCUCCCGCGCCGGGCGGCUCGCCGCGCGUGGCUCUCGGGCGACUUCGAGGAGGUGAAGCAAACAGCACUGGCACCACGUGGGGCGCAAGUGCCUACGCGGCAGUGGCCUUGGGUGUCGUGUCAGCCGCAGUGCUGCGGCGCGCCAGCGACGCUGACUUUGAUGGAUUCUCCUACAAGACGGCUUUCUUCUUCCCAGGGCAGGGUGCUCAAAGUGUGGGGAUGUGCAAGGAAUUGGUUGAGGUUCCAAAAGCCAAGGAAUUGUUUGAGACGGCCAGUGACAUCGUAGGUUAUGACCUUCUGGACUGCUGCGUCAACGGCCCAAAGGAGGAGUUGGAUCGGACUGCGGUCUCGCAGCCUGCUAUCUUCGUGGCAUCCAUGGCAGCCGUGGAGAAGCUCCGCGCCGAGGGUGGUGAAGAUGCCAUUGAGGAGGCCACUGUGGCCAUGAGCUUGUCGCUGGGAGAGUACAGUGCUUUGAGUUUCGCCGGUGCCUUGAGUUUUGAAGAUGGCGUGAAAGUCACCAAGGUUAGAGGCGAGGCCAUGCAAGCAGCCGCCGACGCGGCAGCGUCGGGCAUGGUCAGCGUGGUAGGCCUGGACAGCGCCAAGACGGAGGCGCUGUGCGCCAAGGCCUCGGAGCUCAGCGGCCAGAGGAUACAGAUCGCAAACUACCUUUGCAAAGGAAAUUACACAGUCUCCGGUGACCAAGAGGCCUGUGCGAAGCUGGCGGAGAUUGCCAAGCCGGAGUUCAAGGCGCGCAUGGCCGUGCCUUUGGCUGUGGCUGGCGCCUUCCACACUGACUUCAUGGCCCCUGCCGUGGAAAAACUUGAGGAGGUUCUCGCCAGUGUUGAGCUCAAAAAGCCUCGGAUUCCAGUGGUCUCCAACGUGGACGCCAAGCCACACUCUGACCCGGAGUCCAUCAAGGCCAUCCUCGCCAAGCAGGUCACGGCUCCUGUUCAGUGGGAGACACAGAUGAAGGACCUCUCUGCUUCGGGUGGCUUUGAGAAAGGCUACGAAUGUGGCCCUGGCAAGGUCAUCGCUGGUAUCAUGAAGAGGAUCGACAAGGCGGCGGCUGGCAACAUCACCAACAUCACAGCCUGAGUGCAGCAAAUUUGCUCCUUUGCAGAUGUUGCGGCGAGCCAUCUGCGAGCAAUCCAAUCGAGUUUGGUCAUCUUUACACUUCUGAUAGGAG